UGAGAGACUCAAUUAAAACUGUAACCUUCAUGUACGUGUUUGUCACAAAUGUCUGAAACAUGCUGCGGCCGCGGAGAGCGAGAAGCUGAAGCCCGGGGAGGUUACGGCGGAUAAAAGUAGGACCCGGUGGAGGAACUUAUCGUCUGGAUGGCUGUGAAAAGUUAACGCACAGACGAGCUCAAAACAGGACUAUUCCCCCCUUUCGACCCACUUCAGCCACUCCCACUCUCCUGGCUCCAUGGCAGCAGCAGUGCGAGGCAGCGAGUGGUCAUGUGGACGCUGCACCUUCCUGAACGCCGGCGCAGCGCCUCGCUGCUCCAUCUGCGAGGCGCCGCGCCAGAAACCCGACCUCAACCAGAUCCUUCGGCUGAGCAGCACCGAGGAGCACCGCUGGGCGUGUCCCCGCUGUACGCUCAACAACCCUCAGGGAUCGGGAGCCUGCUCCGUCUGCGGCUUCGGGCCGUCUCCCGCCACUCACACGCCCCCGACAACUACCAUAGCUGCUACUGCCAACGGCUUCCUACCUGCACCGCCCGCCCCGUCACCCGCCGUCACCCCGCCAGUCCUGCUCGAGCCCCACGGACAGCAUCCAGCCAAGGAGGAGGUGCUGCGACGGUCUGAGAGCAACGGAGAGGUGUGCGGUCUGGAGGUGCAUCACCCGGGCUGGGCGUGCCCGCGCUGCACGCUUCACAACACACCUGUUGCUCUGUCAUGCUCGGCCUGUGGCGGGCCCAGGAAACUCUCUUUACCUAAAAUCCCCCCUGAGGCACUGGUGGUACCUGAGGUGCGCACUCCUGUUCUGGGGUUUCCUGUUCACACAACAGGGGCUGUCCCGCUACUUAUAGACCUCACAGACGACUCUCCCCCCCCUCCCUGCGAUCCUCAAGAGCCUCCCCACGUCCCCUCGCAGUCCCUUUCCUCCCCUUUUACCUCCUUCUCCUCCCUCCAAAACAACCCUGUGCCUCGCAGCAGGAGAGAGGUGCCCCCUACAGGGCGACCGCCGAACCCAGGCACCAACACUCCCAGCCCCACCUCCCCCUCAGCAGCCGGUGUGCCCCAGCCGGGCCCACAGCGGCCAGCCAAGCCCAAACACGCCCAACCCCAGGAGCCUUCGUACCCCAGCAAGCGCCUCAGUAUCUUGGAGGAAGAACUUCCUCAGCACCACCCUCUGAUCCCCCACCUCCCCGUUGCCUCCACGGUCGCCCCCACCUGGAAGUGCCCCAGCUGCUCGUCGCUCAACCCAGGGAGUUCGUCCAAGUGCGACAACUGCCGCUCAUCGCGGGCCGGCGCUGACCUCAUUGACCUGGUAGGCUGCGAGACGGUACGAUUCACCCCGGCCAGCCCCUCCAGCCCGGACUUUAGCACCUGGGCCUGCUCCAAGUGCACGCUGCGCAACCCAACAGGUGCACCCAAGUGCUCGGCCUGCGGUUCUUCCAAGCUGCACGGCUUUCAGGAGCAGCAGGUGGCCCUGCCCCGCUGCUGUACACACUGUGGCACUGCAUCGUGCUCCUGUACCCCCGCCUCGUCCUCCUCGGGUCACAAAGCACGGAAACUGGCCCGGGGCUACCCUCCCUCUUCCUCUGCUAUAGCUUCAACGAGUUCCUCAUCCUCCGCCAUCUCAUCUAGCCUUCAGGAGAAGGUGGGACAGUGGAGCUGCCCGGCGUGCACGCUGCUCAACGACCUCAAGGCCAAGAACUGCGCGGCAUGCCACACACCGCAGCAGUACCUCACCCUUCGCAAGGUGGUUAAGCCUCUCAAGAGGCGGGAGAGCAUGCAUGUAGAGGCCCGUCGACGGAACGAUGAGGGCGAGGCCAAGGAGCUUCUGGAGAACAUAGUCAGCUUCUGCAGAGAGAACUCUGUGAACUUCGUGGAUGACAGUUUCCCCCCGGGACCUCGAUCCGUGGGCUUCCCCGAGGGCGACAGCGUCCAGCAGCGUAUCAAAAAGUGGCUCCGCCCCCACGAGAUCAACUGCAGCAACUUCAAAGACCGAGGCGUCAAGUGGUCCGUCUUCCGCACCCCGCGGCCCUCCGACAUCCUGCAAGGCCUGCUCGGGAACUGCUGGUUCCUGAGCGCGCUGGCGGUGCUGGCGGAGCGUCCGGAGCUGGUGGAGAGGGUGAUGAUCACCAGGACAAUCUGCACGGAGGGCGCCUACCAGGUCCGGUUAUGUAAAGACGGGACGUGGACCACGGUGCUGGUGGACGACAUGCUGCCCUGCGACGACUACGGCUACCUCCUGUUCUCCCAGGCCCAGAGGAAGCAGCUAUGGGUGGCGCUGAUCGAGAAGGCCCUGGCCAAACUCCACGGCUCCUACUUUGCCCUGCAGGCAGGGCGUGCCAUUGAGGGCCUGGCCACGCUGACGGGGGCCCCCUGUGACUCGCUGAUGCUCCAGGUCAGCUCCACCAACCCUCGGGAGGAACCCAUCGACACGGACCUCAUCUGGGCCAAGAUGCUCAGCUCCAAGGAGGCUGGAUUUCUGAUGGGGGCAUCUUGUGGAGGGGGCAACAUGAAGGUGGAUGACGUUGUCUAUGAGUCUCUGGGUCUGCGGCCUCGACACGCCUAUUCCAUCCUGGACGUACGAGAUGUCCAGGGUUACAGGUUGCUGCGGCUGCGUAACCCGUGGGGUCGCUUCUCGUGGAACGGCAGCUGGUCGGACGAGUGGACAGAAUGGCCGCAGCAUCUGCGCCAUGAGCUGAUGGCUCACGGCAGCAGUGAGGGCGUCUUCUGGAUGGAGUACAGCGACUUUAUAAAGUACUUUGACUCGGUGGACAUCUGUAAGAUCCACUCAGACUGGCAGGAGGUGAGGCUACAGGGCUGCUUUCCAAGCAAAGCCAGUGGGCCGGUCACCGUCACGGCCCUCACCGUGCUGGAGAGGACGGCGCUGGAGUUUGCUCUGUUCCAGGAGGGAAGCAGGCGUUCAGACACAGCCGACAGCCACCUGCUGGACCUGUGCAUCAUGGUGUUUCGCGCCUCUUUCGGCAGCGGCAACAAGCUGAUCCUGGGCCGCCUGCUGGCCCACAGCAAGCGGGCGGUGAAGAAGUUCGUCGGCUGCGAUGUGAUGCUGGAGCCGGGGGAGUACGCCGUCGUCUGCUGCGCCUUCAACCACUGGCAGAUGAACGUCAGCGGGUCGGGAGGGCCGCCCACACCCAUCUCCAGUCCCACCAGUGGGGCAGCGCGGCGUCCCAGCCAAGAUUUCCCCGGCUACAUCCUCGCUAUCUACAGCUCUAGACAGGUGAUGGUGGAGCAGGUGGAGGCGAUGGCAACCACGCUGGCCGACGCCAUCAUCCUCCUCACGGAAAACAAAGGCGAAAGACACGAGGGCCGCGAGGGCAUGACGUGCUACUACCUGACCCACGGCUGGGCCGGCCUCAUCGUGGUGGUGGAGAACCGCCACCCCAAAUACUACCUCCACGUCUCCUGCGAUUGCACCGACAGCUUCAAUGUGGUGUCCACGCGCGGCAGCCUCAAGACCAUAGACAGCGUGCCGCCUCUGCACAGGCAGGUGCUGGUGGUGCUUUCACAGCUGGAAGGAAACGCCGGCUUCUCCAUCACCCACCGCCUGGCCCACCGCAAAGCAGCCCAGGCGUCCCUGGGAGACUGGACCCCCACCAAGGCCACCCACAGCCCCCAGCUCACUCCGGACAUCGAUGGGCUGCACCGACCCCGGCCGCUAUGACCACCGCCCACGAUCUCACACAUACACACAUGGACAAAUAUCCAAUGAACUGUCAGACCACUGGAAAACCAGGCAAGGGAGGUCGAGUGGUGUGUGCAGCCCCAACACACACACACACACACACACACACACACCUGAAUGUAAAGCAUAAACGGGCUGCAUUUAUCUGCUGUCCUCCUAAUGCACCAUAAAUGCUUUCAUCCGGUCUCCACCCGCGCUCUCUCCCUUUGCCAAAUGGAUGUGCCAUGUCAGGAUGAAAUGAGGGAACAGGCCACAUGGAGUGACCUGUACUUACUCGCAAAACAAUUUUUUUCACCCAGGCACCUAACGGGAUCCAGCUCAGACUACUUAGAAAAAGUUCUGGAUGUAUUCUGGUACGAGCGCUGUACGUGGGGAAGGGAUGUCGUCCCUGAGUUACGUAUACUUGAAGACGACCCUGCUUUCUUCACAGAGAAGAGAAGGGGUGGAGUGCCGUAACUACUGAGCCAAUUUGCCGGCCCACAAACUUUGAGCCAAUCACCUGCAGCGAUCAGACACUUGUCCCUGUGACAGUGAACAAAGCGGGAGACUUCAGGGGGAGUUUUAUCUCUCCCAGCCCUCAGUACGGUACUUAAUGAGCCAAAACCCAUAUUCUCGUUUAACUCAUAGUCAAACGUGUUUUUUUUAUUCCAGACAAUACACGUCGGUCUUACUUGUUUUGUACACGGCCCUUGUUAACGUCUUGUCCAUAUUUGUGUUUUCUUUUGAGGUCGUAGAAAAGCCAUCUUUCGUACAGUACUGUCUGUCCCCACUCUCCAUCACCUCUGCAUUGCUGUCUAGCUCUCUCUCUCUCUAUAGCUCAGGACCAAACCCAUGAUUUAUAGUGUAAGUUAGAGUCGAGAGAAACCCUCACGCUGAUGAAGCAGAUGUACGGUGCUCAGUUAGCUGGAACAUCAUCUUCCUGUAAACACUUCCCAGCCAAGCCGUGCUGGAGAGAGAAUUUACCUUGUGAAAUACUAACACAUAAUAGAAUUCCCUUCCUGGUGAUUCAAUGGACCAACAUACAAAUUGGCCUUUUUUUCCCUUCAGAGAAACAACCGCUGUAGCUCCUUUUUUUUUCCCCUGUCGGUCGCAUACUUUAAUUCAUUUUCACUCAGCCUCAGUUCUGGGGUCGAAACACUGGCGGCGAGUCAUUACAUGACCAUCUUUGUAGUUCACCCCUCGGGGCACCCUGGCUUUUCUCGUCCAGAUUGGCAGUCAGUUUUUAUCUUCACACAUAAAUUCACACUUUGGGAGCAACUCUCUCGUUACACAGAGUGAAUUAACGCUGCUUCUUGCACUCUCCGAUUGUGUCACCCCAAAACUUAUGUCUGAUCUUUUCUUGGUACCGAAGGUCAGCGAGUAAUUGUCCAUUUCUCACACUUUUGCCAGUAUUUUGAUUAACACUUUAGUUUACUAAGGGAGUACCAGAGGAGCUAGUGGCUGUUUGAACAGUCAGUUUGCCAACUGGGAGCUCUUACGCCGAGCUGCAGAGUUUACUUUGGGAGGUCAGGGACCGUUUUUGUUUGCUUGGGUGCAGCAUGAGCAUCUGGGCCGACCCUCCCACAAGGAUACACCGACCGCACAUUAGCGACAGCACACGGCGCUCGUGUAAUAGCAAAUUAGCAUUUUGUCAGUCUGCCUGCACACAUAACAGGAGAGUAAAGGGACCCCUGAGACAUGUUGGGACACAGAAAAUAGUUAAGUUUUCAUCUGCGUCCUUUCAAAGGAUGGGGCCUAAAGUGGGGCCCUAAAGUAGGUCCCCACUUUAGGGCCCCAGAUGUUUUUUUGUUCCAAUUUCUCCAGUGUCAAAGCCAUUACUCCUACUUCACUUAGGAUCUUUCUGUCCUCACCAUGGCAACAUAGAUGUUUCAUCAGAGAGAGGGCGGUACUAUAGUAACGGGAUGGAGUGGGAGACUUUAUUUCAAGUCAAAGUUGAUGUAUUGUGUGGUGAGAUAGUGGGGGGGAAAAAACUUGAAAAGCUGAUAAGCAAAAUCGCUGGAGCAUUCAUGCAAUGAUUGAUUGUUGGCGAGAGAAAAUUGCUAUUCUUUUUUUUAUGUAAACAUUAAAGUUCCCACAUGAGAUGAUUCAGUCGAAGACUUAAGCUCGGCUGCCUUGAGUUGAGAAAGCGCUGACACAUGCAUCAUCUCAUGAGCAGUUUGAAAUGGUAAACGGCAACGCUGCGUCCCGUGCGCUUGCAGUCUUACUUCUGCACAACCACGACUGAUAGGCUGUACUCCACUACAUCUCCAGGACAGCUCGUGAGAAUGACAAAAAAAACUACCACAGCCGUGUAAUGUGUCUUUGAUGAAACCCGAAGCCGAGGCUGCUGUAAAUAUGUUUUUUCCAAAGAAACAUAAUGUGUAAUGAUGUCUGUCGAGUGUGCGUGAUCACAGGCAAGCAGCUGUGACCUUUAAUUUAUUUGUAUAAGUGAUUUGCAGGGCCUGUUGUCAAAUUAAUGUCACUGAAUACUGGACUGAUCUAUGGCAGAUGAAGGAACGUGAGAAUGUUAUGGCUCUAGUUUUUGAGCCAAGAGGGAUUAGCUUGACAAGAAGUGAAACUGCACUGAAACACCUGCAAUGACGAGGCACCUCAAAAUUCAGUGUCACAGCUGGAUUACUUAACAUUUACAUGCGAUUGAUUGUUUUAUACGAUGUGUUUUUUUGUUUUUUUUUGUUGUCAUAAUUGUCAUUUUGGCUCUUGCUGGUGUCCUUGGAAACCUACUCCUCUUCUGUGAAGUUGUGGUGGUGACUCUUCUGUGCGUUGGAGGCGCCCCCUGCUGCCGAAAAAGGCUGCAGCCAGAGGAAAGCUGGUCGUUCACAGACCAGCCGACACAGCGCCUUUUUCUCUCCUCCCCUCUGUCUGGUUCCCUACUUGUAAAUUGUACAGACUGCAAACUAAAGCCACAGAUACGAUAGAAAUGGGGAAAAAAAUUAACUGAACCUUUUAAAGUUGUAAAAAAAAAAAACAUGAAAGUAUGAUAGAAACAGAAAAAAUUUAACCUAAUGCUGAAAAUAUUGAACUCUGAUGAAUGUGAUAUAUAUAUUUUAUUGAUCUUUUCUGGGAUGGGAAUAUGAGUAUAUGUGUACAAACAUAUGUAUGUUUAAUUUUCAAUCUCAGGUUCCGA